AUGGACAUCUUCACCCUCUCCAGCUCCGCCUACCUCAGCCUGCAAGGCACCACCCUCCUCCUCACCCCCUCGCUCCUCGUCUCCCUCACAGCCCUCGAGCCCCGCCGCCCCACAGACCUCGAAACGUACCUCAGCCGCGCCCUAGGCCUGACGCUCAUAAUCCUCGCCCUCCAAAUCCUACUACAUUCCAACUUCCUGCCCUCCGCCUCCUCCUCUUCCGCCGCCCCGAGCACAUCCCAAGAUAUCAAUCCCUACGACCAGCCUAGCCUGAUAGUCACGACGGGCUACCACGCCCUCACGGCUUUCCAUCUGUACACGCAGCUCACGCGGAAUCAGAGCAAUUUCGCCUUUUCGCUGGGAUGCGCGUGCAGUUCGCUGCUCUUCUGCUUGGGCAUGUGGACGAUUUUGUUUGGGGGGAGUCAGGGGCGGUUUAGCAAGACGACGGGCGCGGAUAAGCAUACGGGGAACUGGCCGUUUGGGAAUGCGGCGAGUGCCAAGGCGCAGAAGAAGGAGUGGAAGGGGCAGGGGAGGAAGGAGAUUUAG